AUGAACCAGAGCGCGGGAGCAGCGCAGCACAGCCGCCGCUACUCCAAUGAGGACAAGGACAUUGGAGCUAUUGGACCAGAUAGAAACUGGAAGGGCAUUGGCAUCUCCCUGCUGGUUAUUAUGGCGGUGCUCUCGCUCAUUGGCCUGUCCAUUGUUCUGCUGUCAAAAGAUGAUAGUGGUAAACCCAUUGGUUCACAGUUGACACUGGAUGACCUGUUUCAAAGAAACUUCCAAAUACACGAUCCUGGAGCUAAGUGGAUCAGUGAUGAGGAGAUCAUCUUUCGUAGCUGGGAUGGAGACGUUCUGAGACUCAACAUGCACAGCAAUGAGACAGAACUCCUGCUGAAGAACACAACAUUUGCAACUUUUAAGGCGUCAAAGUUUGCGCUUUCUCCGGAUCUGAACUUUGUUCUUCUGGGAUAUGAUGUCAAGCAGGUCUAUCAGCACUCUUUCUUGGCAUCCUACCUGAUCUAUAACCUGUACACAAGAGAAGUGCGGGAGCUGAAUCCUCCAGAGGUGUCAGAUUCGAUCCUCCAGUUUGCCUCGUGGGGAGUUCACGGUCAGCAGCUGCUUUAUAUAUUUGAAAACAACAUCUACUACCAAACAGAUGUUCAGAGCAGCUCGUGGAGGCUCACCUCUUCUGGACAGGAGGGGGUCGUCUUUAACGGCAUCACAGACUGGCUGUAUGAGGAGGAGGUGUUGCACACGCAGGCGGCCCACUGGUGGUCACCUGACGGCUCCAGACUGGCCUACCUCACCUUCAACGAUUCCCUGGUUCCUAACAUGCUGCUGCCGCUCUUCACAGGCUCUCUCUACCCCAAGGGGAAGGAGUACCCUUAUCCAAAGAUGGGACAAAUCAAUCCCACAGUCAGACUCUACGUUGUCACUCUGGAUGGCAGCUCGCUUACAACUGAAAUGAGACCUCCUGACAGUCUUGAAAAGAGCGAGUAUUACAUCACCAUGGUGAAAUGGGUGACAGAGGACAGGCUGAGUGUGCGGUGGGUGAACCGAGCUCAAAACAUGUCAAUUCUUUCCCUGUGUGAUGUCACAACAGCUGACUGCACAAAGAGACACGUGAUGACAUCAGAGAAGUGGCUGGAUCGUCAGAAUGAGGAGCCUGUAUUUUCCAAGGAUUGCACAACUUUCUUCAUCACCAUGCCCUUAAAACACAGCGGCCGCGGGACAUUCAACCAUAUCACCAUGAUCUCCAACCAAUCUGAGGGCCAAGAGGUCAACAUCCGCCACCUGACCUCGGGAAGCUGGGAAGUCUCUCAAAUUCUGGCUUAUGAUGAAAGCACAAACUCAGUUUAUUUCCUGAGUACAGAGGAAGGCUCAACGCAACAGCAGUUGUACAGAGUCUCCACUGUUGAUCCAUUUCGUAAAGAGUGCCUCACCUGCUCCCUCUUCAAAUCCAAGUGCACCUACUACGAUGCUUCUCUUAGCCCGAACUAUCAACAUGUUCUCCUCAACUGCAGAGGUCCUGGAAUACCCCAAACUACCCUUCACAAACUAAGUGAUAUGAAUAAGCACAAGACUGUGGAAAUCAACACAGUUUUAAGGCAUGCACUAAUGAAGAGGAUCAUGCCCAAGUGGGAAAGAAGAACUGUGCAAAUCAACAACUUUGCACUUCGUCUGGAGUUAAUUGUCCCAAUAGAUUUGGAUGAAUCAAAAGAGCAUCCACUCCUGCUGAUUGUUGACAGCGCCCCUGGUGGUCAGGCAGUGAGCGACCGCUUCUCUCUCAGCUGGGAGUCGGUGCUGACCAGCUCAGACAGCGUCAUCGUGGCUCGUCUGGAUGGCCGGGGCAGCGGGCUCCAGGGUCAGAGGGUCCUGCAUGAGGUUCACCAGAGACUGGGAACUGUUGAUGUUCAGGACCAGAUCACAGCUUUGGAGCACCUGGUCAGGCUUCCCUACAUCAACAGCAACAGAGUCGGAGUUUAUGGAAAGGCGUAUGGGGGAUUUCUUUCGUCUCUCCUGCUCCUCUCCUACAGCUCCAUGUUCCAGUGUGGCAUCGUUGUCGCGCCUAUAACCAACUGGAGACUCCAUGGGUCGGCCUACGCUGAGAGAUACUUUGGCUCCCCAGCAAAAGAGGAUCACAGAUACCAAGUUUCCAGUCUGCUCAGUAACAUCACAGCACCGAGUCCUCUGGACUUUCUUAUUAUCCACGGCACGGCAGAUGCCACUGUCCAUUUCCAACAUUCUGCUGAGCUCGUCAAACUGCUGGCUGCAUCAAACGUGAACUACACUCUUCAGAUUUUCCCAGAUGAAGGACACCGUCUUGUCUCCACCAAAAGCCAACACUACAUGCUGAACUCAGUGCUCGCUUUCUUCAGGCGCUGCUUUGAGGAGGAGCAGGUUAUUGUUGUCUCGCAGACGUCUAAAGAGGACGACUAGCCUGUGGAACCUCCUGCCAUCAGACAGUUUUGUGAAGGGUUUAGCAACUGUUGACAUGAGCCGGCAAAGAGAGGCUGUGUUUUUGUGA